AUGAGUGAAGUUUUGUCAGGGCAAAGUGCAGACAGUUUGCCAGCAUGGAUGCCGUGGCAAUGCUGGGAAGACCAAGUCAAGAUUGUUCGUGCAACAGUCCCAGGUGUUCUUGAAGAUGCACUGAGACUUAAGCUAUUCCCGUAUUCUUUAAGAGAUCGUGCGAGAGCAUGGCUAAAUGCUUUACCGUCGAAAAUAGUGGCAUCAUGGAAUGAUCUUUGCCAAAGAUUCUUGCUACGGUAUAACCCACCUACUUUGAAUGCUAAGUUGAGAAAUGAUAUUACGUCUUUUCGGUAUAUGGAGGAAGAAACGCUAUAUGAAGCUUGGGAACAAUUGAAGGAGUUAAUUAAGAAAUGUUCGAUGCAUGGAUUCCAGCACUGGACUCAAAUAGAGAUGUUUUAUAAUGGGUUGAAUACGUAUACGAGGAUGGUAGUUGAUGCGUCUGCCAACGGUACUUUGUUGAAUAAAACUUAUAAUGAAGCAUAUGAGAUUUUGGAAAAGAUUGCCAAUAAUUAUUAUUCGUAUUCGACCACAAAAGUUGGGAAGGGUAAGAGAGCUGCUGGUAACAUAGAGCUUGAUGCAAUCACAUCGUUAAUGACCCAAGUAUCUUUUCUAGCUAAUAUGAUUAAAACCAUGAAAAAUCCAACUGUAGUCCAUGAGAUGAAAUUAACAGAGUUGUCAUGUUUUUAUUGUGGGGAAAAUCAUGUGUUUCAUGAAUACCCAUCAAACCCAGCGUCAAUAUACUACAUGGGUAAUUCCAAUCGAAAUAGCAAUCCAUAUUCAAAUGCCUACAAUUCAGGGUGGAAGCAAUAUCUGAAUUUUAGUUGGGGUAAUCAAGGUGCAAAAAAUUUCAACAAUGCUGCAAGACAGAAUGUCAACAAUGCACUGCCUGGUUAUGUUCAACCUAUGCCGAGGCCACAAGGAGCAUUGCCAAGUGAUACCGAGAAUUCAAGAACACAAGGCAAAGAGCAGUGCAUAACUAUCACCCUUAGAAGCGGGACUCAGUUGAGUGAUGUUCACGAUGACAUAGCAGAAGAGGAUAAUGCAAGUAACAACCAGGUAAAGAUCCCAAAGCCAUCUAAAAAAUAUAUUGCAUCUAAGAAGGGUAAGCAGAAGAAUGUUGUGGCAGAACUAGAUCAGUUUAAAAUAUUUUUAGAGGUUUUGAUGCAACUCCAUAGUAACAUACUGCUAAUUGAGGCUUUAGAGCAAAUGUACAAUUACGUGAAGUUCAUGAUAGAUAUACUGUCGAAGAAGCACAGAUUGGGAGAAUUUGAGACUGUUGCUCUCAUUAAAGGGUGCACAAUGAUGUUGAUAAAUAAGUUGCCUCCAAAGAAGUUGGGAAUUGGGAAAGCGAGACCUACCACAGUGACAUUGCAAUUGGCUGGCCGAUCUUACACCCAUCUAGAAGGUAAAAUUGAAAAUGUAUUGAAAGGUGAGCUAACCAUAAGAGUGAAUGAUCAACUAGUUACUUUUAAUGUGUUUGAUGCGUUAAAAUACGUGGAUGAGAAUGAUGAAUGUCACACCAUUGACUUGAUAGAAACAGUAGUGGAAGAAUUUGUAAAAUUUUUCUAUAGAAAUUCUGACAGUGAAGAUGAUUUGAUAGAGCAAGGUGACACAGUAAGUUCUGAAAAGCUUGGUGAAUUUAUGGAUGCCUAG